GAAUCUAGGGGGUAAACAGUGGGCUGGGCUGCUUUAGUUCCUCGGGAGUGCAAUGUGCUGUGAGCUGGCUUGAAGACGCGGAGAUAUGAACGCAGACAAUUCGAGUCCGGACGUCUUGGUGCCUUUGAAAAAUCUCCUUAACUCGGUGCAGUGCAUCCGGGAGCGAGUGAGAGAUGGCGAGUCUAAGGAGUCGAAUGAAGAGUUUAACCUUCAGCAUUUCUGGGACACUUUAGGUCGGGCUUUCAAGGCGGUGUCUCAGGAAGCCACGAAGCUGAGCCUUGCCUUCUCCAAGCCGCCCCUGCCCGGCGCCCAGGAUUGCCAGAUGCUGGCAGACUGCGUUCAGAAGAGCGCCCUGUCUCUGGCCACGGUCUACUACUGGCUUCCCAAGAGCCAAGGGGUCACUCUGCGCCGGACCGUCCGCAAUGCCGCCGCGGAGGCGCUGGAGGGCGUGGCACAGCUGGUCGAGAUCAUCCUGAGCUCCCCCCUGCAGAGCCUGUCCCAGGAGCAGCUGACCUCCACGGGCGGGGUGUGGUCAUCGUGUGACCAAGUCGCACACCUGCCCAGAGACAACCAGGCAGCUGUCCUGUUGGUGAUGUCCUCCUCCGCUGGUGUGGUCAAGGAUGCCAUAGAGGAAAUGGAACAGGCCCAGGCGGACAAUCUGGAUCCAUUCAGUGAUGUUCUGGACGACGAAGAGCUGGACUCCCGGGGAAACCAGGACACAUACUGGUCUGAAGAGGACAGGCAGCUGCUGGCCCCCUGCCAGGGCCUGAUGAAGGCCUCCAAGGCGUGUCUGAAGAAGCUGUCUGCGGCAGUGAAGGCUCAUGGGAAGGUGGACACGCCCGAGAACAUCGCUCAGCUGGACGACCUUGCUGACGUGACCAAAGAGAUCAGCCCCAGUGUGGACGACCUGGCCCUCAGCCUGUAUCCCCCCAUGAGCUACAGCGGCGUGCGUCAGAACGCAACAAGCCUGGCCUCAGUCUUAAAGAAAGUCCUGGAUAUUGUGAGGGCCAGCCACGUGUGCGGCGAGGAGCAGCUGGGCUGGGUCCAGUUCCUGAGCGGAGCCGUCGAUCACAACAUGCAGAAGGUCAGGGACCUGACGCAGGACUCGGCCUAGCGCAGAGAGGGCCGCGCCGCUCACCACUCGGAGCUGCCAGAGCAAGGCCUUUAUCCAAGCGUGUGGAGAGACAAUACUGCCAUCCCUUCUGGACGUUUAAAGCUGUUGAAUCUGCUGCAGUUUUACCUUAUUAUGGCUGUAGUAGUUGUAACAUGAGUUCACUCAGCUUAGGGAAUACUAUGCUACAUCGUCAUAAAUGUUCCCUAUCGUGCAGCAUGGAUCACCCCUGGACAUUUGUAGUGAAGCACAGUGAAGGCAAAACCAUAGAACACUGUAGCCACUGCAAGGUGAAACCAAAGCACGCGUGUGGUGUGUAAAAAUCAUGAUGCUAAACUUUCGAAAGGGAUCUUAUACCAGGCGCUUUGCAUGUGAUGAUGAUUGUGUUGCCCUGUCAAAGUGUGAAACAGAACAGAAUGAUGAAUGCAGAGCCCAGCAAAGCUCGUCCAGGAGAUACUUUUGCCCUCAGGACAUAAAACCUUGAGGACGCCCUGCAGCCAGGAAGGCAUGACUCGGACUGUGUUAGUGUGUUUGUGUGUCCAUCCUUCACUUACCUGUCCUGACUGCUCACUCACCUUCACACAUCUGUCAUGUGCCAAGUUAUUACAGCAGUGAGGGCAGCAGAGGCAUGGAAAAGGAAAAGUUCAUAUACUGUGAAGGCUUUUGCUGCAUAGCAGUGAGGAUGGCGUUUCUGGGUAGUGCUUUGGACUUGGUUUGCUUUCCCAUGUCUAAGCUGCUGCAGCCUUCAGUGACUCGGCCCUGCUGCUGGGUGCAGAGUACAGUGACUUCGCACUGUUAUGGUGUGAAGAUUACAGUGACUCAGCCCUGCUGCGGUGUGCAGAUGUCUUUCUGAAAACACUUGGUUCAAGUGCUAUCAGCACUUGCAUAUUGAAAUGAUUGCAGCUAGGCUUGGCCAGUUUCAUGCUUCCCCCAGUUCCAAAGGUUUCCUCCAGUGUGUUUCAUUUUUAAACUUGCAGCACGGGUGUUCCACAUUAAGACGCAAAAAUAAAUUCAGAAAAUGCA